GAUAUACGUGUCCUCAAAAAUUGAAGAAGUUUUCGUAUCGUAAUUUCUUUAACAGUACCUUUUUUAAUUGAAACGGCUAGAAAUUUUGUUUUCAAUAUCACAUAGUGUUCACUUAAUAGGAAUUACAAGAGGACAACAAAAUAAAUUGUAAAACUUUAUUAAAGUAACAUUAAAAAAAAAAAAAUAUUUGAGAUAAAAUACCCAAGCUCAAAGAAAAAGAUGGCUCCUCUCAGGAGGUGAGGUUUUUUUGCGGCUUUCUAAAAGUUUUAAUAGAAUUAACAGUUAAAAUUUAUAAAUAAUUCUAAUCCUUGAAAAUUCAUUAUAACAUGUAUUCUGUCAUUUUAAUCUUGAAAUUAAUCACUCUAUUAAAAAAUCAAACCACAUAAACAUCCCUUGAAUUUCAUCAAUGCUUUUCUACAGAUACAUGAAGAUUUUCAAGCUAAACUUGUGCUUUAUAUUCUUGUCAUACUUCUGUGUCAGAGCGGUUGACAGGGCUAAUUUUAAAACAUGCGACCAAAGUGGCUUCUGCAAACAACUACGUAGUAUGGAAAAAGGAAAUUCUCCAUAUAAGCUUCUACUAAAUACAUUAAAUAUUCAAAAAGAUUCUCUUCAAGUCGAUCUUCUUAACAAUAAAAAUAAUGUGAAAUUAGUUUUAAAGUUAUCUGGUAUCAGAGAUAACAUAUUUAGGUUAAGAAUAACCGAAAAAGACCCUCUUAAACCUCGAUAUGAACCUGCUAUCGGAGAUGUUUUAGAUUCAGAGCCAAAAUUAGAGAGUAUUACUGUCAAACGAGAGGGACAAACUGUAAAAGUUAACCUAAAAAACGAUGCUGUUGUAAUUUUGGAUGAAAGCCCAUUCUCUAUGCAAGUACUUCAGAGUGGUGAACCUGUAUUAUUAAUCAAUUCUCGAGGACUUUUAAGAUUCGAGCAUACAAGAACAAAACCAGAAGCUGAGGCGCCACAAGGAAUCCUGUCCACGGUUUUAUCUUGGUUUUCUAACAGUCCACAGCCAGCUGACGAUGAAGUUCCUGUCGAAGAGAAUGCCGAAAAUGAAAAUCAUGAAAAAGAAAACAAAGAAGAGGCUGAAAAGAAAGAAACCGACGAAGAAGGUGUUUGGGAAGAAUCAUUUAAAGGACAUACUGAUUCAAAACCAAGUGGACCUCAAGCUAUUGGGUUGGACUUUAGUUUUCCAGGUUUCGAAAAUGUUUACGGUAUUCCUGAGCAUGCUGAUAGUUUUGCUUUAAAAUCAACAAGAGAUACUGAUCCGUAUCGUUUAUACAACUUGGAUGUAUUUGAAUAUGAACUACAUAAUCCUAUGGCCUUGUAUGGCUCUGUUCCUCUAAUGUAUGCCCACAACGAAAAGCGAACAAUUGGUUUAUUUUGGUUAAACACAGCUGAAACAUGGAUUGAUAUUGGAUCAAAUACUGCUGAUAAGAAUAUGCUCUCAAAAUUGGCUACUUUUGUUGGAGUUGGAUCUUCUGACGAAAUGCCACAGGUUGAUACUCAUUGGAUGAGUGAAUCAGGCAUUAUUGAUGUUUUCUUUUUGCUGGGACCAAAACCAAAUGAUGCAUUCCGACAAUAUGGUUCUUUGACUGGCACAACUCCGCUGCCGCCACUCUUUAGUAUUGCUUAUCAUCAAUGUCGUUGGAAUUACAAUGAUGAAGAAGAUGUCCAAACCGUUAACGAAGGUUUUGAUACUCAUGAUAUACCAAUGGAUGUAAUUUGGCUAGAUAUUGAACAUACCAAUGGUAAAAGAUACUUCACUUGGGAUGGAGCCAAAUUCUCUCAUUCCGUCGAUAUGAUUAAUAAAGUGGCUGCUAGAGGUCGAAAAAUGGUUACAAUAGUUGAUCCUCAUUUGAAACGAGAUGACAAUUAUAAUGUUCAUUCUGAAUGCCGUUCAAAGGGUUAUUAUAUUAAAAAUAAAGAUGGUAAUGACUAUGAUGGUUGGUGUUGGCCAGGCUCAAGCUCUUGGCCAGACUUUUUCAAACCAGAGGUUCGUGAAUGGUGGGCUGGUAAAUUUUUAACAUCAGAAUAUGUUGGUUCUACUCAUGAUUUAUUUACAUGGAAUGAUAUGAACGAACCAUCUGUAUUCAAUGGUCCAGAGAUUACAAUGCAUAAAGAUGCCAAACACUUAGACGGUAAUGAACAUAGACAUGUUCAUAAUUUAUACGGCACCCUGGUCCAUCGAGCCACGUUUGAAGGUCAGCUAAAGAGAGAUCCUAAUCAGCGACCAUUCAUUUUAUCAAGAGCAUUCUUUGCCGGCUCUCAGAGAUAUGGUGCCGUUUGGACUGGUGAUAAUAUGAGUGAAUGGGGACACUUAAAAAUCUCCGUUCCUAUGCUUCUUUCUCACGGUAUAACGGGAAUAAGCUUUAUCGGGGCUGAUGUUGGAGGUUUCUUCAAAAAUCCCGACGCAGAAUUACUUACUCGAUGGUAUCAAGCCGGAGCCUAUCAACCCUUUUUCAGAGCUCACGCUCAUUUAGAUACCAGACGAAGAGAACCUUGGCUUUUUGACGAUAAAUACAAGAAUAUAAUUCGCGAUGCCAUUAGAGCCAGAUAUGCUCUAUUGCCCUUCUGGUACACCUUAUUUUACCACGGAGAGAAGGAAGGUGGACCUGUGAUGAAACCUUUAUGGGUUGACUUCCCAAAACAAAAAGAAACAUUCACUAUUGAUGACCAAUAUCUGAUUGGAUCUGUUCUAAUGGUUAAACCCGUCACGGAGCAAGGUUCAUCCGGCUUUCGUAUGUUCUUCCCUGGUGAUUCUACAACGGAAUGGUACGACAUUUAUUCAAAACAACCAGUGAAAACUCACGGUGGAUAUGAGUUUGUAUCUGCACCUUUGGAAAAGGUACCUGUCUUUCAAAGAGGAGGUACAAUUUUACCUCGUAAAAAUCGCAUUCGCCGAGCUUCUAUACUUGCUAAAGAUGAUCCUUACACGCUUACAAUCGCUUUGGAUCAAAAUGGAUCGGCUGUUGGAGAUUUAUACAUCGACGAUUAUAUGACACAUGAAUACAGACAGAAUAAAUACACCUUAAGAAAAUUUAUAUAUGAAAAUAACAUGCUAGUUAACAAGAAUAUUAGCCCAAUGAGUCAAUUUGAAACGAAAUCAUGGUUGGAGAAGAUAGAAAUUUUAGGCAUGAAAAGUAAACCAAUCAGUGUUCAAGUUAUAGGCGAAGAUAAAUCCACCAGAGACUUAGAAUUCAAUUUUGAACCUUCUAAGCAAGUAUUAACUAUAAGAAAGCCCGACGUCAACAUUGCUCAAGAUUGGAUCAUAUCUUUACGUCGUUAG